UGAGAUUGUUAUAUGCACAAAUAUAAUAAAUAAAAUAAAAUGUAAAAUUUUUUUAUUUAUUUUUAUUUUUAUUUUUUUUUAAGAUUCAUGAAUUUUAGCUGUAUAUUAAAUUCCAUCAAAUUGAAAUGAAUGAUCCUUACAUAUAUAUUUUUUUAAUCCUUACAUAUUAUUCGUAUUCUAAAUUAAGAAAUAUUAGACUUAGCCUAAUGAAACAAGGGAAUGGACCAUUACCUUAUGUUUUUGUGAUUUGUAGCCUAUUCGUAAAUGUAAAAAAAAAAAAAAAAAAAAGAAAAGAAAAGAAAAGAAAAUGUUUACAUUUAUGAAUACGAAUCAUAUAAACUAAAUAGUGCAUUCCCUUGUUCCAUUAAGAUUUAUACAAAAUGUUUUAUUAAGCUCUAGUUUUUUGUUUGUUUGUUUUGUUUUUUACUCAUUCAGAAGCGGAAGUCGAUAUAAACUUUUAUAGCAGUGAAUGAGAGACUUCAUUAAAUAUAUUUUUUUGUGUUUCAAUUUGCGCAAAUAGCAAAAGAAAAACUCCACAAUAGUGUUUUAACAACUUUCAAAAAGAGGGAAAAAUAGAGAGCGAUUGAUAACUGCAGUCAGAUGAGAGAAAGAUGUCAUUUUUACCGUCUCCGCUGUAGAAACACACUCAGCUGCGUUUAACUUUUUUUUUUUUGUAAUUUGAAGCAAAGGUAAUAUAAUACUAAUUAUAGUGUUAUAAAUGUACAUACACUUUUUAAAAAAAUAAUAAAAUAUAAAAAACUUUACAAGAUCCGUGAUACUGGUGAUGACCGUUAAAAUGCGUCAUCACAAUUUGUAAAAAAAAAAAAAGAAAAAAGAAAAAAAAAGGGGUCUAUUUGAUGGAAUUUUAGUAUACAAUUUAAGGUUAUUUUUUAUCAUGUGUGUAGUAAAUAUCAUUUAUUAUUGUUUAAAUAUUUUCAUAAUAAAUAUAUAAUUACUCAUAAGUACCGGUACUACUUUCAUGUUUCUCAUAUCACUCCGCGAUCUCGCUCUCGUAACUGGCGCCUUUUUUGCGUGUGAAAGGAUUCCAGGUGCUGUUCCGAUUUCUGACCCCUGCCAGAUUAUUACAGAAAAACACAAAUCGAGAUAAAUAAUUCAUGGCUCCUGAGGCACAGAACAGCGCUGGAACAUUCUAGGAAAGAUAAGGGAUUCUGAUGAGUGCUGAUACUUGGCAUGUAACGCCACACGUAACAGAAAAUUGCACAAAGACAGCAUCUCCUCCACAGUGAUGUACAGCCUGCAGCCACGGAUCUCUCAGUGACAGUCCACUCUGGCCAUAUUUUGAGUGAGAACAAUGCUUCACAAGAAGACUUCAUGCCAACAACCACCCUCAGGAAAAAAGAGCAAGAAAGGUAGUGAGAGACAGAGCAGGCUUGAGUCAUACUGAUGUGUUUACAGUAGCAGCAAUACACACAAACACGCCACCAAACACCGUCAGGCUCUAGGACCCUGUGCUCUACUGAAAAGAGCCAAGGAGAGAGGGGGAAAUGUGGGGGGUGGAUUGGAGCGCAAAAAGACAGUGGAGGAGGGAAAGAGAGAUGUGGAGAGAAAAGAGGAGAGGAAGAUGCAAAGAGCCGCUUCGCUGCUGUAGUUUGGAAGUCUCGCCAGGGGGACUUAGAAGAGCAUUGGUGGUAUAAAUACCCAGCAUAAACAGGAUUAAAAGAGCAACUACUGACUCCAUCAGAGAAGUGUGAAGUGAGAGAGACAGGCAGAGAGAGAAUAAAGUGUAAGCAUCAGCAGCGGUGUGUACUGCAGUGUGUUUCUACACACUACAACGCUCAACUUGGGAGACAACAACUGUCACUUCUCAACCAGCUUCAAGUGAACUCUUUUACUCUAACACCAUCCCGUCUCUCUCUCUCUCUCUCUCUCUCUCCAUCCAUCAGACACGCUUGUACACACAAAUUGAGAAUAUAUCUUGGUGCUAAAGUAUUGCUGAAGUUCAAUCUGGGCCGCUGGAUUCAUCUGUGUGAGUUCAGCAGCAGUGGGACACUGGACACACACACACACACACUUCACGGACACCAGCGCAGAGUUCAGCAUCAAAUGAAAGAGCCCAGUCCAAGUGUCAACAUGAGAGGUGAGAGGUGCCAGACACGGCUCUGAGAGACUUCACUCGGCUGGGAGAGCGUGGCGUAUUAAAAAUACAGGUCCCCACAUGAGCUUUCUGGUCUCGGCUAGUGCUAUAAAUCAAUACCCAAGCACUCUGAUUUCUUCAUCAAGACAUUUCUACUCGGCUACAAACGGAAUGGGUUUCUUGAGCGCUUGCUGACCAGAAGACGUACUCCAGAGGAUACUAUUUUUGUGGACGUCAGAAGUCUAUUUCACACCACGGCUCUGAAAACACACCGGGAGACAAAAACGAUAUAUUUAUAUAUAGGUGCAUAGCUGUUAAAACUGAUACGUCUUUCAACCACUUGUCAAUGUUCUUUUUUUGAACUUCCUUCAAAGAUUUUGGCACUUCAGAGAAUAUUCCUAUCAGCUUUGGUCUGUCUAAAUCGCAGCUAUUUUUAUUCCACUACAUAUUUAGAUAAAAAGUCUCCCAUUACAGAAUUCUGUUCAAAACAUUUCAGUCCUCUCGUCUGAAUGGGUGAGAGCAGAAGGGAGGUUCACGCUUAAAAUCCUCACAAUUUCACAACCUGUCUACAGUGGGUUGCUAAUCACGGUGUUCCAUCAUCAGAAAUGACUUCCAUCUUCUUUUUUUUCAUGCAAAAUGAAGCACAUUAGCAUAUUUAUGGGCUGAGAUAUAACCAAUCGUGUACAGCGUGCUACAUGGAUCUUGCAUUCAGUCAUCAAGCCAAGGAACAAAUGGCUUCUGACAUGUGAAGAAAAUGGAAUAUUCAAGAGCUUCACGCACUUAAACACAUGCACUAGAUGGAGGAGAUGGAGGAGCAUAUGAGUUAAUUUCCCCGCUUGUAUCUGUGUGAAAUCAACCAAAAAGUCUUCAAUUUAAACUGCUGUGUCACUGCUUUCAUAUAAAUGACACAUUCUUAAAAAUACAACUCUGGGCCAGAUCAGCCAGAAAACAUUAGUUGAUGUCAAAUCCAGAACUCUCAAAAUGGAGAAUUUGGAUGAACUAGAACAUCCAUUAUUGGGCGACAGCCCCAAAAACUCAAGAGGAACAGCCACCAGUGGUGGUGGACUGUUCAAAGGCAUGUUGAUGAGAAACGAGGAGGACAAAAGACCGCCCCCUCUGGACUGGAGAAAUUAUUGCAGUUCUACAGAUAUUCAACAGCAGCAGCUACUGGAUCCGUGUUCAUUGCCUAGCACUCUAGAGACUCUUUAUCCUCCUACUACCAUUUGGGCUGCUGCUGACUCCCUGGGCAUCCACAGUAAGGAGUACCUGGAAACCACCUUUGUGGACAUUGGACCUGGUUCACCGUUGGAAAGGAAGUUGCUGGCAGAGACAAGAGAUGUUCAUAGUGUAUCUUACAGCAUUGAAGAUGGGGAUGACCUUUUGCCGGACUUUGAGGACUCCUCCAGCGAUGACUUCAGUGAUACAGACAGUGAGAGCAACUUUCCCAUCAUGAUCCCUCAAGAUUACCUGGGCCUGGCUUUCUUCUCCAUGCUCUGUUGUUUCUGGCCUCUGGGCAUUGCUGCGUUCUAUCUUUCCCAAAAGACGAACAAAGCAUCAGCACAAGGAGAUUUCCAGGGUGCCAGCGCAGCAUCUCGGCAGGCUCUGUGGCUCUCUAUCCUUUCAAUCGUCUUUGGCAUCAUCACUUACACCUGUGCCGUUGCUGCCCUGAUCUCCUAUCUGUCCGGGAAACCACCUUAGGGACUACCGCAUUGGUAUCCUCUCUCGAAUCUUCCAGAAACACGCCUCCCUGAUUCCUAAUCACACAAACCGCUGCUCUUUACAUACUCACAUUCAUCUACACCUGUAAUAAGUACAUUCGUUCCGCAGAGACGGCACCUUUGUAACAUUUUCUGCAACUUCACCGUGGUCAUAUUAGAGUCUGAAGCUCAGUAGAACAAGGAGAUGUUUCAGAUCGUAACUGUGCAUUAGAUUAGAAAAAAUCAAGUCAUUUGGAGAGAGGGUAGAUUAGUAUUUGGGUAAAAAAAAAAAAUGAUUGCACCACAUCAGAAAGAGAGACCUGCACUCUGUCUUGGCGCUUGUGUAUAACAGGGGAGGGAGUGACUGAGGCCUAAGGGUUUUUUAGAAGGGAACUUGACAAGGACAGCGAGAUCAGGAGAUCACAACGGACUUGGCUGUGAAACAGCAGGACUUGCCCUCUGAGGCACAUGACUCGAGCAAACUGGGUCAUUUUCUAUCUGAGCUCUGAAGCUGGUCAUUGAACCACUCUCCAAACUGAAAAUACCACCGUAAAUGACUUUAGAACUCUGUUAGAUAGAAAACAGGUUCAAGUAAGGCAAAUGUUCAUAUGCGAUGGGAAAAAUACACACAUAUAUAUACUUCAGCUUCCACUGAGUCAUGCUGUUAUGAGAAGCUUCUUCUGCAGGACUCUAUUCAUAGCUUGAUAAAUGUAGACUCUCCAUUUUUCCACCCACCAACAAAACUGUCACUUCAUAUGACUCAGCUAAACCAUACCUGCAAACUCCGGACUGGUGAAAAAGGUGAUAAAUCAGUAAUUUAUAAAUGAUUUUAUAUCUUCUAUAUAAUUGGUCUGAACAAAAAUGGCAGAAUGAAGAUGCAAAGUCACUAUCUGGCAGUAGAUGGCACUUAUGGAAAAGCAGAAAUACAGCGGUUACCCCUGUGCAUAAAGCAGCGCUUAUAAACACCACUGUGUUUACAGAGGUAGGACGAAAAGAAAAUGACAUUGAAAUGUUUUUGAAGACUGUUCCCUAGAGACACAUUCAUAUAAAGUGAAGCUUCUUCUGCAGGAUUAUUCUUAGCUUGAUAAAUGUAGACUCAAUUUUUCUACCUACUAACAAAACACCUAUGAUUCAGCUAAACCAUUCCUGCAAACUCUGGACCGGCGAAAAAGGUUACAAAUCAGGAAACAGCAGUUGAAAUAAUUUCGAAAAAUUCUCAUAAUUGACUAGAACUACGUGUUGUUUUGGUAGAAAUGUUGUUUGAAACAACACUAAUGUCUAUGGUAAUAGCCUAAACUGUAAAAUGACCAUAAAAGCAAUUAUUUUAAGAGUUCUUAUGAGUCAAAAUUAUAAGUGAUUAUGUAUUUUAUAUAAUUGGUCUGAACAAAAAGUGCAGACUGGCUGUAUGAAAAUGCAAAUUCACUCCCUGACAGUAAGUGGCGCUUAUGGAAAACAGAAAUACCUCAGUAAACAAAGCAGUGAUGCAAUAACAAAUGGCAGUUUGCAAUAUCAAGCAGCAUAACCAGUGUUGGGUAUGUUACUGUAAAAAAGUAAUUCAUUACUAUUAAUUACUUCUUCAACAGUCCAAUUAGAUUACUGUGCCAAUUACUCUCUCUAGAAAGUGUUGCAUUACUUAUUAUUACUAAUUACCUUUUAAAUCCCAUAUCAACCUCGACCAGUUGAACAAAGUAUUUAAAGGGAGGAGGUUACGUUAAAAACAUACAUUUUACGUUAAAUGUUUGUUAAAUCCACUAUUGUUUUAUAUAGAAUUGUUCUAUGUAGUCUAUACACUCUAAAAAAUGCUGGGUUAAAAACAAC